AUGCCUCUCCGAGUUGGCUACGUUAAAGAACAUUUCUCAAGCCCACUUCUCCAAUUCGCCUCUAAAGAUGGAGGGCAGACCUUUACAUUACUUGAAUGUCCAAGUGGAACGGGCCAGUUAAUUUCUAGGCUCACGAAUGACGAGAUCGACAUUGCAAUUGCUCUCACCGACCCGUUGAUUUCCGGAAUAGCGAAAGGUUCCCAAGCGUACAAGCUAGUCGGCAGCUUCGUUUCUACCCCACUGAAUUGGGCCGUGAUCACUGGAAUCAAGUCCAAGUUCCAGAAUAUCUCUGAUUUGAAGGGAACCACGCUGGGUAUUUCGCGACAUGGGAGUGGCAGCCAGACAAUGGCCUAUGUAAUGGCCUUACAGCAGGGAUGGCCGACAGACGAUCUGAAAUUUCAAGUGAACAACGACAUACGUGGACUCAUCGACUCCGUGAACGACAAUUCUACUAGUGCAUUCAUGUGGGAGUGGUUCACAACUAAACCGUUUGUCGAUGCCGGAGAAGUGCGCUUUAUUGGUUCCGUACCUACCCCAUGGCCUUCAUGGUUGAUUGCUGCCCAUCCGGAGCGUACAUCCCCAGAAGCGGUCACAGCAUUUUUGACGGAGCUUUCCACCUUUGUGCGAGCGUUUGACUCCGAAGAGAGUCGAGUACAGAAGAACGUCGACUUUAUCAAGGAGAACUUUGGGUACCCCGCAGAAGAUAUUGAAGCUUGGCUCAAGACCGUCAGCUAUCCGCAGGACUGCAGCGCCAUACCAACCAAGGUGCUCACGGACACCUUGAGUGUUUUGGAGAAAGCAGGAUUUGUAGUGGCUCCGAAAGAUGGCUUCAAUGUCGACGAUUUUGUUGACAGGAAGGUUGUGAAGCUUACUUAG